GCACCCAACGAAUUUUUCAAUUUGAAAACAUUUUCCCAGCUUCCAAAUCCCAAUUAGAAAAGAGAAAGAAAGGGAAGAAAGGAAAAUGAGCAACCUACUCUGUUCUAAUCCGUUAAUUCAGUUCAAAAUGAAGAUAAUCCCUGCUCAGUUCCCCGCCAAAAAAUCCACCAUGAAACCCGCAUCAAUCUCCUCUCGUCUUCAAAACUCUCAAACUCCCUCGAAUCAACAACUUAACCUAUCCGUUCUUCGCUUCACUCUCGGGAUACCUGGGUUGGACGAGUCCUAUUUACCCAGAUGGAUCGGGUACGGGUUCGCUUCGCUUCUCAUUCUGAACCACUUCGUGGGUUCGGAUUCUGCUACAACCACUCCGGCACAGCUUAGAACAGAAGCUAUCGGCCUUUCUUUGGCUGCAUUCUCCGUUUUAAUCCCCUAUCUUGGAAAGUUUCUUAAGGGUGCUAGUGCAACAGAUAAAGCAACUAUCCCUGAAGGUACUGAGCAAAUUUUUGUCAUGUCACAAAACAUCUUGGAUACUAAGAAGGAAGACUUGGCUUGGGCAACUUACAUCUUGCUUCGCAAUACCAACACCAUUGCUGUGUUAAUAUCCGUUCAAGGUGCAUUAUGUGCACGUGGCUACUGGAACAUACCAGAAGAGGCAUCAAGAAAAAAUUUACUUGAAUGGUUUGAGAGACAAAUUGAAAGGAUUGGCCUAAAAAAUCUGAAGGACACCCUUUAUUUUCCUCAGAAUUCAGAUUCUGUGCUUUGGGAGCUGUUACCCAAGGGGACUCGUUCUCUCCUGGUACAACCAGUGCUACAAGUUCCAAAACCUGGUGCCAAUCAGAUGGAAGGUAUUGAAGGUUUUGUCCUGUUGGCGUCAAGCAUGGGCUAUGCAUAUGGCGAUAGAGAUAAAGCCUGGAUAGGAGCUCUUGCAAACAAAUUUGGAGAUCUGGCCAAGAUUAGAGAGGUUUCUGGCAAUCUGGACUGCAUCUGGUGACGGAAGAUCCUGGCCAUCAAAGACAAAUUUAGCAUCAACCCGCACAAGUGGAAGGAAGCUGAUAUUGCUGCCUGUUGGAGAAGUAUAGAUCCUAUGGAUAGAGUUGGCGCAACAAGACAACCCUGAGAACAUUGGAGUUUGAAUGCAACAGAG